AGUAAUUUUAUCUUUAGAAUUUCUGAAGUUCAUUCUUACAAAGAUUUCGAUUUCCAAAAUUUGUAUUUUACAAAAAGUACCAACUUCAAACAGCGUGAACUAACUGUUUCCAAAUAUUAAAAAUUUGUUUAUUUUAUAACGCCAAAAAAUCGAUUCCUUAAUAACCUAAUAAGAAAUUUUCAAUAUUUUUGACCUUUAUUCACGAAUCAUUUUAAUUUUAAAAUCAAAUACAUCGAUCGCCUUGAUUUUUUUUUUGAAAAAACUCUCUAAAAUGAAAAUGAAGGAAUUUCACAUUCUCGAGAGCGAAGUACUUUUUCAAAAUGAAUCGUUUCGCGAUAAAAAAAAAUCCAACGGCAAAAAAUUAGAUAAAUUUCAAUUGAAUAUGCACGAUAAGUAAUCUAAGGAAACAGGCCACUACAUGAAGUAUGUAAUUCUAGAACGUUUGUUGUGAUGAAUUUUAAAAAGUGAUAAAAGUAAAGAUUACUUCAGUCUGAACCAACUUCAACUUGUUAUCAGCCGAAUUCUUACUCAGAAAGUACUCGAUGUGAGCUCGAUCGUAAUUUGAUUUUAAAAUGUUCGUUACCUACAAUUAUUUUACAUUAGCAUAAUAUUUUUUUUCAAUUUGUGGCUAUUUAAUUAUUGUUCUACAAUGAUUAGCUUUACGUUCAAUAAGAAUCUUUUACAGUUAAAAGUGAUGUAUUUUUUUGGCUACGCCGGAAUGAGCCCUCUAACAACUUUUGGACCAACUGUAGCCAAACAACUUCGUUUUUCUGCCAGCGCCGUCGGAUUUGCGUACUUCACAUCGAUAGUAUUAUCCAUAUUUGGAAGAUUAAUUUUCGGUUAUUUGGCUGAUAAGCUCCGAAUACACAAAGCUUUACUCAUUCUGUCUACCUUACUAUGUUCGUUGGCUAUUCUGUCUAUAGCACUGUUUCCACAACAAACCACAGAUGGUCAAGACGUUUUUGAGAAAGCUUACGUUAUCCAUGAAAAUAAUACCUCGUUUGAAAUAUGCUUCGUAAACGAUCGAUGGUCUUCCUUGAAGGAAAAUCUGAAUGGAAAAGUUUGCAGGAUGAACUUCCAAAAUAUCAAUUUAACGAUAUCGUUCGCUACAAACCAAAGUUCCAAUGCUAGUGUGUCGUUUGAUUCAGUUCGCGAAAAAUCGGAAAAUGGAACGUUCUCCUGUUUGGAUGCUUUUAAAACUGGCAUCUUUCUGGUACUCGAUGCCAAUGGAAUGGAAGAAGGAAAAUAUUGCGACCUUAGCAGGUGUUCGUAUCCAAACGAUGCUGACGAUGAAAAACAGAAAUCUUUGGAAAAGGAUAUGUUGUUACCAUUGUUUUGGCUUUAUUUGGGUGUUUAUGCCAUGUAUUUUGUGAUGAGCUUCAUUAUGGGUGUUUUCAUGGAUACUAUUUGUUUUCACACGCUAGAUAAUGAAGAAGGAAGCUUCGGAAAUCAACGAAUGUUUGCAUCAUUAGGCUGGGGAAUGGCGGCUUUAUUUUCUGGAGUUCUAACUGAUUACGUCAGCGAAAACUUAGAAUUCAAAAAUUACCUGCCAACGUUCAUGGUGUCAUUUUUAUUUUUAAUUACCAGUAUAAUAGUGACGAUUUUUUUCAAAAUGCCAAAAAUUAGCCAAGCUGCAAAAACAGACUGGGAUGUGGUGUAUGGAUUGCUAUGGCAUAAAAAGUCGUUCGUAUUUGCAUGUUGGUGUUUCGUGAUUGGCGUAUGCUCCGCGAUCGUCUGGCAAUAUUCAUUUUGGGUCGUAGAAGAAAUAGCAACCAAACACGAGCAAACUUGGGUGAAAAGUUUACAAGGUGCCAUGGUCGUUAUGAAUACAUUUUUGGGAGACGUACCAACCUAUUACUUUUUCGAUCGCAUUUUAUCAAAAGUGGGAUACAUCAAUUGCAUGACGUUGACUCUACUGUUGCAAGCAAUUCGUCUUUUCGCCUAUUCCAUUUUGAGUCAUCCAAUUUGGGCAUUAUUUAUCGCAGUAUUAGAUGGUAUAAGUUUCGGAAUGGGAUACGCAACGAUUACAUCUUUCGCGAAUUUGAUAUCCACUCCUGAAACUAAAACAAUCGUGCAAGCGACGUUUAAUUCGAUAUUUGAUGGAUUAGGAACUUCGCUUGGAGCUUUGUGUUUUGGUUUCGUAUACGAUCGAUAUGGUCAUUCGGAGACUUUUCGUAUAGGUUCAUUUAUGGCCAUCGGAUGCACUUGUUUACAUAUCUUGAGUCGACUACGUUUCAACAAACCAAAAAUUUGAAAGAUACAUUUUUGUGAUCUUUGAAUUUACGUCUUAAUUGAAUCUCGAGUAUUACCUACUGAUUAAAACUGUGGCUUUCUUGCGUAAAAUCAGCAGAUAUGAGUGAAUGCAGACAGAAAUUAAUGAUUCAUGGAGUCAUUUGUCAGCAAAGAUUCGUCAUUGGAAAAAGUUGCUCAAAUGAAAUGACCAUCAUCGAGUUUUUUUUAAACCUUUAAAAGGAUGAAAAUGUUUUAAUUUGUCGUCGUUGCAGUUGGUGGAUAAUGUGUUUUAUAAAUAUAUUUUAUCAAUUUGAAUUUUAACCAAAAUGACUAUAAUUAUUGAAAUAAAUUGUUUUAAAUUUCAA